GGUCCGGGCUGUUCCGCUGUGCCGCUGUGCUGCUCACCGGGCUGCACCAGGGCGCCGUGCUAAUCCACAACACUCCGCUCCGUGCGUGUUGCGUUAAAUAGAGCCGCGGCGUGUAGGGUUUUUAUUAUUCGUAUUUACUACAUUGCGUUGGGAAGCCCGGCUCGGCUCGGCCCGGCCUGUAGCGCGGGUUAAUGGCAGCCGGGCUCACUGCUGCCUCCUCCUCUUCCUCCUCCUCCUCCUGCUCCGACGCCCGUCAAGUUGUCCGUGAACUUUGUCACAGAUCGCUGCCAUGUCCGGCCUGCUGCUCCUGCGGCUGCUGACCCGCGGCGGGAGGGCGCUGUCGCUGGGGGGGCGCGGGGCCGGCGGACUGGACCCACUUCCGGGAGUUCACCCGGCGGCGGCGCGGCGCUCCAUCGUGGACCUGUCCUACUCCCAGCCCUUCAUGGACUUCGCGGGAUCCUCCAUUCCCAGCAGCAUGAGGAAGCUGGUGGUCACGCAGCUCAGCUCCGACUUCCGAGAGGCCGUGCGUGUGCAGUGCGUGGCGGUUCCGACCCCGGGCGACGCGGAGCUGCUCGUCCGGAACCGUUUUGUGGGAAUCAAUGCCAGUGAUAUUAAUUACUCGGCGGGCCGUUACGACCCCUCGCUGAAGCCUCCUUUCGACGCCGGGUUCGAGGGGAUCGGUGAGGUUGUCGGCCUCGGCCUUAGCGCCAGCUCCCGUUACACCGUCGGAGACAACGUGGCCUAUUUCCGCAGUGGUGCCUUCGCUGAGUACACGGUGGUCCCUGCCAAGGAGUGCGUGCCCGUCCCUGCGGUGAAGCCAGAGUUCCUCACCCUGCUGCUCAGCGGUGCCACGGCCUACAUCGCCAUGAAGCGUCUGGGCGACCUGGCCGAAGGUGAGACGGUCCUGGUCACCGCGGCUGCAGGAGGCACCGGGCAGUUUGCCGUGCAGUUUGCCAAACAGGCCGGCUGCCACGUGAUCGGGACCUGCUCGUCCAAUGAGAAGGCCGGCUUUCUGAAGUCCAUCGGCUGUAACCGGCCAAUCAACUACACCACGGAAGACCUGGCCAAGACGCUUCGGAAAGAGUACCCAAAAGGUGUCAACGUGGUGUAUGAGUCAGUUGGAGGAAGUGUUUUAGAAGUCGCCGUGAACACUUUGGCCAACAAGGGUCGGCUCAUAGUGAUCGGCUUCAUCUCCGGGUACCAGACGCCAUCGGGUAUCCCACAGUUCAGAGGAGGAACACUGCCGGUCAAGCUGCUGCAGAAGUCGGCCAGCAUGCGGGGUUUCUUCCUGCCCCACUUCUACAGCGACUACAGGGAGGCUCUGAGUAGCAUGAUGCAGAUGUUUGCCAAUGGGAAGUUAGUGUGUGAAGUGGAUUAUGGGGAUCAGGCAGAGGGGGGGAGGUUUGUAGGCUUAGAGUCAGUCUUCCGGGCCGUGGACUACAUGUAUUCUGGGAAAAACCUGGGCAAAGUCGUGGUGGAAGUGGCACCGCCUGCUGUUAGUAAUAGCAAGCUGUGAUUUCCCAGAUUGUUAGUGCACCAAUGAAACCAUACUUGAUUACUGUGAUUUAGCACUUUAAUUAUUUUUGUAAGAUGAUUGAAAUGCCCAUUUAAAAUAAAGCUAUAUACAAUU